UAGGUUUACUGGGUGGAACUGAUACGUUCUCUGCAUAUUCGUUCCGCUUAUUUGUAGUUCCGCCCCAUCUUUUGCGUUUCGUAACGUGACUUAACCUUAACCUUAGUCCUAAUUACGUGAUACUGGACUGCCCCCCCUUUUGUGUGUUUCUUUUUGGCCACUUCUGACUUUUAUGCGUGGGUUUGCGUUAUUUUUGGGGAAUAGUUCCGCUCCGUUAUACCCACUUGUAGUUCCGCCUCCUCUCCAGCGGUCCGCAGAGAACAAAAGUGGGGUCCGCUCGACUUUUCUGCUGAGUCACUCACUGACUGUCCACCAUUACACGCUCAGAAGACGAGUUUAAAGAUGAACGGCGCCGUUAAUUUCAAAAAGUGCGGUUCUCUGCUGGUGACGGGAGCCAGCCGGGGGCUCGGGCUGCAGAUGGUCGCCAGUCUGGCAGGUGGAGCGUUCUCACCGGGAAAGAUUAUAGCCACCACCAGAAACCCUGCGAACGCUCAGAAACUUCAGGAACUGGCAGCCAAACAUCCCAACAUCCAUAUACUCCCACUGGAUGUGUUGAGCCAGGAGAGCAUAGAGAAAUGUGCAGAAGACGUUGGCCGUCUGGUUCAAGACCAGGGUCUGAACUGCCUGAUAAACAACGCCGGGAUCAACGUGUUGGCUGACUUCAACACCGUCACCGUGGAGAAAAUGAUGGAAAACUUCCACACCAACGCUGUGGCUCCUCUGAUGAUUACUAAGGCGUUCCUGCCUCUGCUGAAGAAAGCUGCGUCCACUGGAGGAGCAGGUGGUUCGAGGAGCAUGAGCAUCCAGAGAGCAGCUGUGAUUAACAUGUCCUCUCAAUUGGGCUCCGUGGAGCUCAACUGGGGGGAGGAAGCCAAAGCCAUGAGUUGGUACCCCUACAGGACAUCCAAGUGUGCUUUAAACAUGGUGAGCCGCUGCUUGGCUCUAGACCUGGAGCCUGCUGGGAUUCUCUGUAUGGCCAUACACCCAGGCUGGGUCGCAACUGACAUGGGGGGGCCACAGGCUCCGUUGAGUCCCGAGGAGAGCGUUUCGGCCAUGCUGUCUGUGAUUGGUGGCCUGACUGCAAAGGAUCAUGGGUCGUUUCUGGGUAUGACUGGUGAGGUGCUGCCCUGGUGACUCUCCCACCAUCACAGUCUCUGACUAUCCAAAGAAACACCAUGCAUUCUUUAAUCUGCGGGAAUCUGACUCGUGUAGCUCAUGAUAUUAGAGCAGAGUUUUAUGUUGUGCACCAUUUUACGUCGGAAGUCGGAACUGGGAUUUCGUUAUUUGUUUUGCGCACACCCCGCCUACCAAGUGAAGGUACUAUACUGUCGAAACGCAAGCUUGACCCUUGGCUUUACCAUUCCAAACUGUACUGUUUGUUUUGCUCACAUCAGCAGUGUAGCAACAUGUCCACAGUUAAAAAAAAAAGCUGGAUAUAUGAUAAUAAUCAACGUAAUUUUAAGUACGUUGACGUCAAAUACUUAAUUGUAACUAAAAAAUACACUGUGGAACAUUUUUUAGAUGUCUAUUUGACAUGAUCAAACGUAGAUAAUAACAGGUCAACACAUUUUUAUUAUUUCAGUUUCAUUGCUGUCACAGAACUUGGGGAAAAAAAUAAUUUUAUGAUACUUAAAAAAUAAUUGAAUUGUAGUUCUUGUAUCACUGCUGUGCUUUCUCAUUUGCUUUGUAUUUUUCUACUUAAAAUGAAAACCUUUAACGUGACCAAAUUAUUAGGAACAAUAAUGUGUUUAAAAGUAGUUUUACAGCUCCAGAUUCUUUCACUCAUCAUGUAUAUCUUCAACUCUAAUUCAUGUGUUCAUCACAUUUAUCAGUAGUGAUGAUAAGACAACCGUGCAUGUCACUCAGGGAAAUGAGAUUUUUCUGUGCUUUUUAUGGGCUUUAGGGUGGAUUUACAAAUAUAAAACUCCACAAAUUUAAAAAUAUAGAAUAUGAAGAUCUAUAAAUGACUAUGUCUUGAGGUGUCCUGUGAACAGUUUUACAGGCUUCUCUUUUACCAUUGUGGUCUGACGGGAAAUUGCUUUUUGGGCCACAUUAGUAUUUUUUGUUGCAGUACCUGGAGUGGCCACUGGAGCAAUUAUACAGUUCUUAUCGUACAUUAAUGGUUUUUACUAUUGACGCGGCCAUCUUUUGUGAGAAAUUCCGACUUCCGGCUACAAGUGGAACGCACUUCUAGUGUCUAAUCGCUGAAUGGUGUAUGUUUGUAAAGAUAAUAUUUACUACCUAAUGAACAAAAAUGAUGUAUUAUCUCUUGAUCUGAGCACAUUGUCAUGCUGUAGUUUUUAGGGUAAUGCACUAGAAAAUACAAUAAAUUUACACCAUAAA